AAUUUGGACAAACACAGUUAUCUGCAACGGAUCACGUCCAAAUAAUCAAAUAUCUCCAACUUCAAAGAAAACCAGGAUUGUAGUCAACAAUGGCAUAACAUCUUCCACCUACUUACAGAAAAUUUCAUAUUUUGCCAUAGAUUUCUUCGGAACUUUCAAUAUUUCACCCCCAAACAUCAAAUUUCUGAAGUUCUGCCAUUCAUGCUUAAGUAUGAUAAUAUUGUGAUUUGCGCUUUCUUUACAAGCUAAAUCUUGUUUUACAUCCAUCUCAGCAGAUAUUUUUGAAAAAAAAAUCCUUCUGUUUUGCCUAAAUCUGGAAGAGAGCGCCAAUCAGAUCCAAGAUCCACAUUUGAUGAGCGUUGACUUCGACUAUUGAUGUUUCUUCAAAGGCCUUCAAUGCUUUUCGAGUGAUGUUCAUACCUAUCGGAUAAAUCUUAAAAUACCCAUUUCAAGAAACACGUUGUUCAAGUUGAGAGAAAGCUGAAUUUGAUGGUGGAGGAAGGGAAAGAUAACGAAAUCUAUAACAAGGAAGAGCAAGUUGAAGCGGAUGAAAAUGGAAGCCCCAAAAGAGGGAUCUUUGUGGGGAUUAAUAUCAGGGGCCCAAUCGAUUGGCUGAGAAUGCUAUCAAGGGAAACACAUUGGAGUUCUGUGGUCGCUGUUGUGGUUGUUUAUGGAAUAAAUCAAGGAUUCGGUGGAUCUCUUGCUAGAGUGGGCACAGAGUACUACAUGAAAGAUGUGCAAAAAGUUCAACCAUCUGAAUCACAAGCUUUCACAGGAAUAACAAAUAUUCCAUGGAUUAUUAAACCCAUUUGGGGUCUUCUUACAGAUGUCGUUCCAAUUUUCGGGCAUAGACGCAGACCUUAUUUCGUUCUUGCUGGUAUUGUGGGAAUUCUAUCGAUGUUUUUCUUGUCGUUCCAUGAAAAGCUGCAUAUUGUGCUAGCACUGGCGGCGCUAACAGCCGGAAGUGCUGGAGUUGCUAUAGCCGAUGUGACUAUUGAUGCGUGUGUAGCACAACAUAGUGGAGUUCAUCCUUCUCUUGCUCCAGAUAUGCAAAGCUUAUGUGCCUUGAGUUCUUCCAUUGGAGCUCUAAUCGGAUUUUCUUUGAGCGGUGUCUUUGUUCAUCUAAUUGGCCCCAAGGGAGUUUAUGGGUUGCUAAGUAUACCAUAUGCGCUUGUGGUACUGGUUGGUGUUGUGCUAAAGGAACCCCAAUCACCUAGCUUUGCUUAUAGACAGAUCCGUGAGAAAUUUGUUGAUGCUGCUAUGGUUAUGUGGACUACUCUGAAAAGCGAGGAUGUAUGGAGGCCAUGUUUGUAUAUGUAUCUCUCGUUUGCUUUGAGUUUGAAUAUCUAUGAGGGCCUCUUCUAUUGGGAAACUGAUUCAAAAGCCGGCCCAUCUUUCUCCCAGGAGGCUAUUGGUUUUGUUUUAUCGAUUGGCUCAGUGGGAUCCCUUUUAGGCGCGAUAUUAUAUCAAUACACUUUAAAAACUCAUCCUUUCCGAGCUCUGCUAUUUUGGACUCAAUUAUUUUUUGGUUUAUCAGGAAUGCUAGAUCUUGUCUUCAUCCUAAGACUUAACCUUAAACUAGGAAUCCCAGAUUACUUCUUUGCGGUUAUCGAUGAAAGUGUGUUCCAAUUGGUCGGGCGUUUAAAAUGGAUGCCGUUACUUGUCUUAUCUUCACAACUUUGUCCACCUGGCAUUGAAGGCACGUUCUUUGCUUUGCUCAUGUCAAUUGACAAUUUUGGCCUCAUGUCUUCAACAUGGUUAGGUGGUUUACUUCUUCAUGUAUUGAAUGUUACAAGGACACAAUUUGACAACUUAUGGUUGGCAAUUUUGAUACGAAAUGUGCUGAGAAUUGUACCUCUUUGUUUUCUGUUUUUGGUGCCUAAAAGCGAUGCUGAGUCAUUGGGGUUUUCACGUAUGGAAGUAUUGAAUGUUUUAGAGGAUAGUGAAAAUGGUAUACAAGUAUCGAGUAGUUUAGAAGAAGAUAGUGAAAUAUUGUUGAAACAUGCGGAGGAGGUGGAACUUACGCCACUUGUUACUAGUGUUCGUAGUUGAUAUAGGGUUUUGAAUGUGUUGAGAAACAUUAUUCUUUUUGUUUUUUUGUUACAUUUAUUUAAAGUAAAGAGGGAAAAUCAGGUGACAAUUUUGUUAUAUGUUCAUUGAGAAAGACAAUAAAGAUAUGAUGUGUAGAGAGUUUGAAGAUGAACUUUUUCAGGCCUUUGGGUUCAUGAAAAUACAGUGUAUGUGAGAAAAACAUUUGUUGAAGCUGUUUUUAAAUACUACUAUAUAAUAUGCGACUCUUUAUACAGGUGACAAUUUUGUUACUAGUGUUCGUAUCUUGGGUAUCUUAUCGUAGUAGUAUGUCUCCACUUAGCUUUUCCAAACAAUGCAAAGGACCUAACUGCAAACAAGUUUUUAAAAUUAGAUUGGCAGAAGAAAAAUAUGGGAAAUGUGAGGUUUAUAUAAUAUCCAAAACUUAACAAAGGACCUAACUGCAAACAAGUUUUCAAGCAAGGACCAACCUGAAAAGUCCAUGGUCCAUAUUUGCAGAUUAGCGCAGGUCGAUUGACUAUUAAUACAACGAUUCAUCAACCCUAAUUUCUCGCUCAAUCGCCGUCUUUACUUUGAUGGAUCGAAUUCUAUUAAACCUUGAAUUAGUGGCGUUUUCGACUUCUAAUGAUUUCAAUCAUUGCUGAUGAAAUCUAUGGUAGCUGCAGCUAUUCAAACUCUAGAUCUUUGUUCAUCAAAACCUACUAAAAGUCGAGCACUGGUAACAGAAGUUCUCGUGAAUUGUACAGAUAUGAUCUGUCAUUUCAAGUUUAAUAAAACAGAAAGAAUCGGCAAGAACUACUACUCCAAUGACAAAGAGUGGUUCUUGAACUUUAUAUGACAUCAUCAAGGGGAGUUCUUCACAAAACAAGCUUAUCCUAUAACUAUCAAACUUUGAACAUGUGAUUUGUGUGGAUUAUUUUGAAUAUGCUAAAAUCAGAAAUCUUGGCUUCUUGGCUCUUUUUAACAAAGAUGUUCACACUAAUAAAGGGAUAUGAUUGUACUAUAAUCCUCGGGCAGCACCAAUGCAUAUCUGGAUAUGUUGUGCUCAUUUGAGACGGGUGCAUGCCAAAAUAUGUGUUGCACCCGUGUCACAUGCGCUCAACUUAUCAAGAUGUGCAUCUGGGCUGCCCGUGGAUUAUAAUACUUUCUUAACCCUUUGUUGGAUGAAGAAUUGUGAAGCCAAGGUUUCGGGUUUUGGCAUUUCCAAAAUAAUCCCCGAUUUUGGAACCUAAUUCGUAUAGGUUAGGUCCCUAUUUAAUAUGCAUUAUCUUGUUUGUUUACUGCACAAUUGAAUACAGAAUCUUGUUUACUUUUGCUUGGUGGUAGAUUUGUAUUCUGGGGUUUAUCUUGAAUUUUAAAUAAGAAUUUAUCUCUUCAUGUAAGCUGUGGGGGAAAUUGAUUGAACCAACAGAGGUUUGAUAAACACAAAUCAAUUGAACCAUCAAUGGUAAAUACAUGUCAACCGAAACAAGUGAAGAUGAUGACAGUGGUCUCGAACCACUACAUUCAUGUAAAUAUAAAGAAUAAUAUCAAUAUUGAAUAUCAACUAGGAUUUUGCUGGCUGCAUGUUAAGGCGAUGCCAAUCCGUUA